AGUCCAAACGCUCUGAUGGGAUAUUCAAUGACCACCACGUCGUCGUUUCACCACUUCUUCUCCGCCCCUUUUCACGCCCGGCACUGCACCGUCAAAAAUGGCGCGAUCCCCUUCCCUUCUCUCUCCUCCUCCGCAAUGCCGCUCUUUCAAAGGCCUCGACUCUCUCUCCACCGCCGCCCUCAAAACGCACCGCUUCACCACACCUCUGAACGCUCCUCCCGCAGUCCCUCACCGGCAACUCGCAAUGUAAAGGCCCGAGCAUCGCUCCCAGAGCCGCCCUCGUCCUCCUCCUCCACCUCCACCAUUACAAAACGCGUCGUUUUGAGCUCCGCAUUGACCAUAGCUCUGGCCGUCGCCAACCGCGUGUUCUACAAGCUGGCCCUCGUCCCCAUGAAAAGCCACCCUUUCUUCUUGGCCCAAUUCACAACCUUCGGCUACGUGGUGAUAUAUUUUUCGAUAUUGGUCGUACGGUACCGUUCUGGGGUUGUUACCGACGAAAUGAUAGGUCUUCCCAAGUCACGGUUUGCCGCCAUUGGUGCCCUAGAAGCCCUUGGAGUUGCUUCUGGAAUGGCUGCUGCAGCCAUGCUUCCCGGACCAGCCAUACCCAUAUUGAGUCAGACGUUUUUGGUGUGGCAGCUGAGUUUUUCUGCCCUUCUCUUGGGGAGAACAUACACAUUUAAUCAGAUUGUUGGCUGCAUACUGGUAGCUACAGGUGUAGCAGCGGCUGUUUCAAGUGGCUCUGAUUCUGGUCAGAUGCUAUCUGGAGUUGAGUCUAUAUGGCCAGCACUAAUGAUUGCUUCAAGUGCUUUUCAAGCCGGUGCAUCUAUAAUCAAGGAGUUUGUCUUUGUUGAUGCUGCAGCCCACCUUAAGGAAAAGUCACUUGACAUAUUUGUUGUCAAUUCUUUUGGAUCUGGAUUUCAGGCUCUUUUUGUUCUUCUGUUUCUACCUUUCUUGUCAAACCUGAGAGGCAUACCAUUUGCGCAACUUCCUUCAUAUCUUAAAGAUGGUGCUUGUUGCUUUCUGAAUAUUGGAGCCGAUACAACAGGUUGCAAUGGGGCUCCGUUACUACCAUUGCUGUAUAUAGCUACCAAUCUGUUUUUCAACAUAUCAUUGCUGAAUGUCGUAAAGAUUUCCUCUGCAGUUGUUGCUUCUCUCAUCGUGAUGUUGUCAGUGCCAAUAUCAAUUUAUGUUCUUUCCCUUCCCUUGCCGUAUAUGGAAGGAGGUUCAACUUUGAGCCCCUUUUUCCUCUUCGGUAGUGCGGUUCUUGUGUUGGGUCUUACUCUGUACAGCAUACCCCAGCCUGCCAAGGAUGUGCUGUGAAAUUAGUUGACAUUACCAACUACGGUGUUGAAAGAUGUUAUAUAUAUUCUAGAUAUUCAAUUUGUAUAUCGAGUCGCCACUCAAUAUUAAGGUUUGGUGGUAUUCCUUUUCACUCGUAA